AUGCUGGAGAAAGGAAAAGACAAGGUCUUGCCUUGUGGCAGGAAGAGUGACUAUGAGUUAGAGAAGGCCUGGGAACGACUCAUGGACACCAUCGGAGAAGAAACAGAUGCUUGGAACUCCUACAACUCUCGCUAUAGCGGCGGCCGCAGCGGGAGCGGCGGUGGCGCUGGCUACGGCGGCUACAGCGACUACUCCGGAAAUGGCUAUGGAAAUGGCAGUUCAAGGCAGGACGUGUUGACCACUCCAUGGGAAGGUCAUGGUGUGACUGUGAACGUGGUGUGCAAUUCCGUUCCAGUCAUCGACCUGGCGCCUCACUCCAUCUUCCACGGCAAUGCCUCCUGGUUGCUCCAGGCAGCCACUGGGAGUUGUGGCAAGGCAGAUGGUCUCUUUGAUUACUACCAGGACAGAGAUGUCAUGGCUGCGUGUAGUCAGAAGUUAAAGUUGACCAAGGAUGAGCUAAGCAUCGCUCGGCUGAAAAGCAGGCCGGACCUGAUUGCUGUGGGCACAACAGGGAAGCGUUCAGUGAUGUUGGCAUUAUGCUUGGUGCUGGCCUGGGACGAUCAGGCAUAUGGAGGAUGA